CCGCCAAGAGUAACCAAUCUCAUUCAUUUUCCUACAAAUUCUCUCUUCUUCUUGUUCAUCUCAAGCAUCCCAAUAUUUCUCUGUUGUUUCUUGUUCCUUGUUCUUGUUACUAUAAACCCCAAGAAAAUUACACACUGCUACUCAAAUAUAUACAACAAAAACUCUCUGCUCUUCUAUCUUCUUCAUUAUUUCUCAGGUGGUGAUACAGACAAAAAAUGAUGAAGAAAAUGAAGUAUGUGUUGGUAACAGGAGGAGUAGUUAGUGGACUAGGCAAAGGAGUUACUGCCAGUAGUAUUGGUGUUCUUCUUAAAGCUUGUGGUCUUCGUGUUACUUCCAUUAAAAUUGAUCCUUACCUAAACACUGAUGCUGGAACAAUGUCACCUUUUGAACAUGGUGAAGUUUUUGUGUUAGAUGAUGGAGGAGAGGUGGACCUGGACCUGGGAAAUUAUGAAAGAUUUCUAGAUAUCAAGUUGACAAGAGACAAUAAUAUUACUACUGGAAAAAUCUACCAGGCUGUUAUUGAUAAGGAAAGAAGGGGAGAUUAUUUGGGGAAAACAGUUCAGGUUGUUCCUCAUAUCACAGAUGCCAUUCAAGAUUGGAUCGAACGCGUUGCAAUGAUACCAGUAGAUGGACUGCCUGGUUCUGCUGAUGUUUGUGUCAUUGAAUUGGGUGGCACUAUAGGUGACAUAGAGUCGAUGCCUUUUAUCGAAGCUCUAGGACAGUUCUCGUACCGUGUGGGAACUGGAAACUUUUGCUUGAUUCAUGUCAGCCUUGUACCUGUUUUAAAUGUUGUUGGUGAACAGAAAACAAAACCAACUCAACAUAGCGUCCGCGGCCUGAGAGGUUUAGGUUUGACGCCCAAUAUCUUAGCUUGUCGCAGUGCAUCGGCACUUGAUGAGAAUGUAAAGAUGAAGCUUUCUCAGUUUUGCCAUGUUCCGGGAGAAAAUAUCAUCACUCUCUAUGAUGUUCCUAACAUCUGGCGUAUUCCUUUACUCUUACGAGAUCAGAAGGCUCAUGAAGCAAUUUUGAAAGUGCUGAAUCUUUAUGGUACUACUAGGGAGCCCAUUUUAAAGGAAUGGACAUUAAGGGCUGAUACCUGUGACAAGUUGCACGAACCGGUCCGAAUUGCCAUGGUUGGGAAGUAUACAGGUUUAUCAGAUUCCUAUCUGUCAGUAAUAAAGGCUCUCCUGCACGCCUCUGUUACCCUUCGGAAGAAACUCGUUGUGGACUGGGUUCCAGCUUGUGACCUUGAAGAACAAAUGGCAACAGAGAAUCCAGACGCUUACAAGGUUGCUUGGAAGUUGCUAAAGGGUGCAGAUGGCAUUCUUGUUCCAGGAGGUUUUGGCGAUAGAGGUGUGCAAGGGAAAAUUCUAGCUGCCAAGUAUGCAAGAGAGCAUAAAGUUCCAUACCUUGGUAUUUGCCUCGGAAUGCAAAUUGCAGUCGUCGAAUUCGCGCGAUCUGUUCUUGGUUUACAAGACGCCAACAGCACAGAAUUUGAUCCAAACACCCAGAAUCCCUGCGUGAUAUUUAUGCCUGAGGGAUCAAAAACCCAUAUGGGAGGGACCAUGCGUCUCGGAUCAAGGAGGACUUAUUUCCAUAUCAUGGACUGCAAAUCUGCAAAACUAUAUGGGAACAAAAGCUUCAUUGACGAGAGACAUCGACAUAGAUAUGAGGUCAAUCCUGAUAUGGUAGCUCACCUGGAAGAUGCUGGCCUAUCAUUCACAGGCAAGGAUGAAACUGGUCAGCGCAUGGGGAUUGUUGAGCUGCCGAAUCAUCCUUACUUCGUUGGUGCUCAAUUCCAUCCUGAAUUUAAAUCAAGACCCGGAAAGCCUUCUGCAUUAUUCUUAGGGCUAAUAGCAGCAGCAGGUGGGCAGCUAGAUGCACUCCUGCAAAAUCACAAGGUUCCAAACGGAAUGAGAAAUGGAACCCCGAAACAGAAAGUAAACGUUUAUCAAAAUGGACACGCCUCCAAAUUUGCAAAAAUUGCAGCAGAUGGCAUAUAUACCAAUGGCAAUGGUGUGCACUAUUAGUCUGUUGCUGCAUUCCAUUGCAGUACUGAUACUUAUUCUGAUGAUGAUCUUGGUAGUAUCAUAGGAAUGCUCUGUACAGUGAUUUGAGUAUGGAUAGGUGUCUUUAGCUUUAAGGAGAGAGUUUGUGGAUUCAAGCAGAGCCGUUUCCUGGUCUUUUUAACGGGACGGCUCUGCUUUAAAUUACUUAUGUGCCAUACUUUCUGCUGGCCUUACUAUAGUUGUACUGCAAUGAGAAAUGGUUGAGACAUGAGAGCCGUUUCCUUUUUUGUUUUUCAGUUAUUAACUAUCUAUAUUGUAAGGAAAUUUUUAUGAUGCUAUUUAAACUCUGCUGGUGUUGUCGGUUUUCAA